AUGCUUCACACCGUCACUCAAGAUUCCAGGUGCUGUGUAUGUCCUGAUGGCUGGCUGUGGUGGAUGGAUCACUGCUAUUUCUUCACGAUUGGACUGCAGGAAAACCGUCGGUGGAACGAGAGUGCAGAGUUCUGCCAACAACACAACAGCAGCCUGGCUGUCAUCAAAGACUCUACGGAGAUGGAUUUUAUUCAGGAUGUGAUGAGGAAGUUCUCCAACUUUCCUUUCCUGUGGGUGGGGCUGACAGACACCAAGGAGGAGGGUCAGUGGAUGUGGAGGGACGGGACAGACGUCCAGCACUACAUGCCAUUGAUGGUGGAGUGGGAUGCUGAUGACAGGGACUGUGCAGAUCUGAGGGGAGGCGGGACUCUAUUUGCUGCUGACUGUGAAGCCUACAGACCCUGGGCUUGUAAGAGGGAGUCAUAACAGGCAGCACACAGAUCCUCACACAUUUUAAGGCCUGACAAAAGACUAAGUAAGACAGAAUUUCUAGUCAAGUUGCAGUUCGUGUAUGUGUGCAGUGU